AUGACUGCAACACGUGUGAGCAAAAGAUCUACAUCAAAUCACAGUAACAAUACCAGAACUAUACUGGGGCGAAGAGUAGGCAACCCCUACAUCACCACCAUUGAUUUUAUCUCCAUUUUAAUUGGACUUUAUGGAUACCAUGAAAUCACAUCAAUUCAACUUCCUCCACAUCUAGAAGAUGCAGGACAUUGGCAAUUCUUGACUAACUUGUCCUUAAUCUAUUCCUUAUUUGUAUUCAUUGUUGGAUUCAUUGCUCAUAUAACUAAAUCACACACAUUGUUUCUUUUCAAGAACAACUUACAUCCAAUUGGACUUGCUUUGGAGACUAUUGUCGCUGGUGUAUAUUGGCCAUUACGAUUAUUCUUUCUCCACUUGUUGACUAAAGACCCAGCAAAUUUCAAUUUACCAUUGUCUACCGAUUUGUGUAUUCAUUUAAUGCCCGUUGUCAGUUUACUUAUUGAUUAUUUGGUGUUUAUGCCUCGUUGGACAAUUAGUAGUAAUACAGCAUUGGGAUUCGUUGUAUUACUAACUACGUUUUAUUGGUUCUUAUUGGAUAAUUUGAUUGAUGUUGAAAAUGGUGGUAGUUAUCCAUAUGAAUUUUUAAAUGUGGAGAAGGAUAGUCAACGGAUAUUUGUGUUUGCUGUUGUUGCAUUUGUUGCAUUUGGGCAGUUUUUGGUUAUGAGAAGGGUAUACGAUUGGGUGGUUGGUAAGACUGAAGAGGCUUCAGGAAAGAUUGAUGAAGAGCUAGACAAGAAGAAUUUGUGA